AUGUCGAGGCUUCCAGACAACAAGAAGAUUUUGAAGACCCGCAAAACCCGUGUCGAGAAAUCGAGCGAUGGGUCCUCGGAUGAAAGAGCACAGGAGUCAUGCCCAUCGAGUUUUGCGUCUUCACUUCCUAACAAAAACAGCAGAGGACAAGAAGGCGUUGGCAAAGUCAGUCCAGAAGACCUUUCUCCUAUUGCUGCCAGCCAAAGCUACGAAGUUGCCAGUGAAGGCCAGCUCGUUUUCAAAAACCGCUCGGCGCGGGACUGUCGAGAAGAAAUCGCGUACUAUUCUAAAAAGAGGGAGUUGUUUUCGAAGUCCACCGAUCCUGCUACUGCUAAACUGGAGGAUGGAGAACCUGCAGUAUGGUGGCAAUAUGAUGAGAGCAAGGAAGCAACUUUAUUCUCUGCUUCUUUUUCGUCAUCUGCCGAAAGAAUUCCUUCCUCGGUGGAUGAAUUGCCGUUCGCGGCUUCCCGGGGAGCGCAGGAGCGAAGUGCUGAAUGGAAUUUGGAGAAGAACAAGGCUGUGUCCACGGAGAGUGACGACGGAGAAGAAAAGACAGCAAAACAAAAGAGCCGAACGAAAGGACUGGGUCGCGCCGAAGUGUCGCUGAAGAAGGCAGCAUCUGGGGACGAUGCGGAGUUCGAUGAUACGCAGAAGCAGGUGUUGGAACAACGGGCCGAUACGUGGGUCGACACGGCUUUUUUUCUCCCGUCUGUCGAGGAACUCGAGAAGGAGUUCUUCAACUACACAGCUCAACACGUUCCCCGUCCGCAUCCUCUGCACCACCAUUCCGAAGAAUUCGAGAAAGGAAUCAUUCAAGUCGUCCCUGACAUCUAUGUCGCCAUCGGGUACGGGCUGGCCAACUCGGUCAUUCUGAAUGGGACCGACGGUCUCGUUGUGGUAGACACCAUGGAAAGUACAGCGACUAUGCAAGCUGUCUGGUCAGACUGGCUCAAGUUCCCAUACAGCAAUCGCCCAGUGAAGGCGAUAAUCUACACACACUUCCACACAGACCACAUCUUCGGCGCUUCUGCAAUUGCUGCACCAAAUGUGACGGAAGUGCACGCGUACUGGCUGACCUUCGCAGAAAUGAGCAAAGUCUUCACACUGACAGCCGGCACAACAUACAGGAGGUCCAUGCGACAGUUUGGCGUUUUUGUUGACUCCGAAGACUUCGUGAAUGCGGGAAUCGGACCCACUCUGCAUUACAACAACACGGCAGAGAUCGGGGCGAUCCUACCGACCCACAUCAUGUACGAGGAACAAAAGACCCUUAACAUUGCCGGGAUGAAAUUGCAGCUUCUACACGCUCCCGGAGAGAGCAAGGACCAAAUCGUUGUGUGGAUCGAAGACAAACGCGUUCUCCUCGGUGCAGACAACCUCUACAGGUCCCUGCCGAACAUUUAUGCGAUCCGCGGCACCGAAACCCGAGACUGCAAUGACUGGAUAGCUUCCCUAGACCUGAUGAGGUCCUUGGACGCAGAGUACCUUGUGCUUGGCCACACACGACCCCUGGUCGGGAAAGAGCAUAUUCAAUCCACACUGAUAGCGUACAGAGAUGCCAUUCAGUUCAUUCACGACCAAACAGUUCGAUUCAUGAACAAGGGGUUCUUCGUUAACGACAUUGCGCACCAAGUGAAGUUGCCAGAACACCUAGCAAACCACCCCUUCUUGCAACCAUUCUACGGAACCGUGCCAUGGGCGGUCCGCGCUAUCUUCACACACUACAUGGGCUGGUAUUCUGGACAGCCUGAAGACCUAGCAGUCAUGACCACACAAGAAAAAGCUGAAGCCUUGUUGAGUCUAGCGGGCAGUGUAGACGACUUGCUCUUCCAUGCCAUCGAGAAUCUGAGACAAGGCCGCGUCAACUGGGCCCUCGAAUUCGCCAGUGCUGCCUAUACUGUGGAGCCGAGAUCGAAACGCGCAAAAACGUUGAAAAUCUUGGCCCUGCGAGCCAACGCCGCGCAUCAAACUGCAGCCACAGGCCGAAAUUGGUUUCUAACUGCGGCACUGGAACUGGAAGGGCGGGCCGAGCUGAAACUCAGUGAUUUCCAGAAGCGGCAAACGCUCGCAAAAAUCUCCUUGCAGCAACAGUUCGAACUCCUUCCUGUUCGGUUGAUUCCCGAACGAGCUCGUGACUUGACGUGUAUUUUGAAAUUCCACUUUUCCGAUGUCAACGAAAAUGUCUGUGUGCACUUUCGUCGCGGAAUUGCGUACCUCAGGUGGCCGUGUGAAAACACUCCAGAUGUGGAAGUAGAAAGCACAAGAGACGUUUGGCUUAGCAUUGUAAAUAAAGACAGAAGCCCAGUUGUGGCAUUCGCAACAGGCGACUUAAAGGUAAAAGGGCCAAUUUUGACACUGGUUCGUGCACUUUUAGCCGUCGAACUUGACGCUGAUUGAGGCAAAAGGGGAAAGGCGAAAAAUGGUAGAUGCUUGGAUUACAUAUCUGUAUGCACACUUGUAAGGCAUCUCCGUAUACGUUACGAAAUACAACAGUAACUAUCGAUAUGUCAAUACCAAACCACACGGAUGAGAGGGAAUGGAAAUUUUUGUCCUUCUGUUACGUAGUGCAAGGGCUAUUCAGAAAAAGAUGUAUACAUACGCGUGGGUGUGUAUGUACAUUUGUUUGUCUAAUAGUUGUUCUUUCUGUAUUAAGAUAUACUGAAGGAAAUGUCUGCUGAGAACAGGCAGGUGUUUGUUGUCAGAGAAAACGGGUGAAUAACGUGUAUCGAGAUGGAAUUGUCAUGAUGGAAAUUCUUCAACUUUUCGGGUACUGCUUUUCAUACCCCUGUGGAGAACGCAUACAGUUUGGCUUAUGUUUUUGUGCGGUCGUCGGUUUUGUGAACAUCCUGCGUUCAAUGUUUUUCCUGCAAAAAUGGCAGAGGAGCGGGAGGAGGCGUAAGGAAUCUAGUUGGCUAAAACUACUGUUGAGAU